AUGGUUGUAAAGUCCCAUCUUAUCAUCACCUGCGGACCAAGUGCUCUCCCGGAACUCUUCGACGGCAGUGUUGAGUUCAUCUCUGGGGACUAUCUUCGCACAGACGGACCCAGUCUAGUUCAGGUCACCGAUUUCUACGGACAAACCACGUACCUACCGCUCAAGCUGUGCUCAACAUACGUUGCACUUCGUCGUAACAUUGAGAGCAAGUGUCUAGAUGACAGCGAAGAAGAUGGCGAAGACUAUGUCAUACAUGUGGGGUCAGAUGACUCAGUACUGGAGGCAGAUCAAUGGCCACACAUCAUGAAAUCCGAACGAUCUGCAAUGAUUGUUUUGCGUCUCAGCCGGAAGAGCACAAGCAGGGAUAUCUCCUUGAUCGAUCGGUCGCGUAGUGAACAAGGAAAGAUUGAGUAUGGUGAUCUGAGCUCAGAACAUGACUCAACAGAUGAAGACAAGACUAAAGCACUUAUCUUAAGGCGACCUUUCAACGAUGUCGAGCCGAUUUACCACUCCAAAUACGUCGGCGCAACCAGUGAGCUUUUAGCAAGGCAAGGUUACGUCGUGAAUGACCCCUACUCGCUCGUGAGUGGCAGCAACCCUAUUACUAGCCCGAAGCCGAUCAUCUUCCGCCGUCCAGAACGUAUGGUAAGGCCACCUUUUGUACAAGAUGGCCUUCAUGUUGCCAGGGCCAUCACGUAUGAGAGUGAUAACUCUGGUCAUAUCAGCAGUGGUUCGUAUGCAUCCGUUGUUGACACCAAAGAGCUUGCUGGUGAGGCUCUAUCGUUCGCGGAAAGAGUCAGUAGUACAUCAUUGGUUGAUGAUCCAGUCGAGUCGGCGCACAGUUCAAGAGAGUCUCAUGUACCUGAACACAUCGACAUAGAAGACGAUGAAAAGCUCUCCGGCUCUUUCGAGCUUACGCCUGAUGUCUACGAUACGAGAAAAUACACAGAAAAAGAUGUUCAGGGUCCGUUGUCAUCAUCAUCUCGCUCAAUCAACGAGCGAGAUCGUCCUGAGUCUGAAGAUGAAGAGGCCACGUUGGGAGCGAUACGGAAUGCGAUAUCAGAUUGUGAAGAGGGCGUGGGAUUUGGAGUAAAAGCCAAAGCUCGCUUUUCACAAAGUCAACCCAACUUGCACGUUGCCACACAAGAUGCUCCAGGAUUAUUCAAAGGAGACGUAAAGGGGGAAGAGCUCGUUGACUCAGAUCUACCACCACAGGAUGAUGCGAAUAUAACACAGGAAGAAAAGAGACGUCUCGGUGUCGAGGAUAGCCCUGGGGACCUAAGGGGUCUCGUGGGAUUACAAGUCAGAGACCUCAAAGGACUAAUAAGUGAAGAAGUUGCUGCUGCGUUGAGGCAAAAUACUGACCAAGUCAACCGAGAUGUCCAAAAGCAACUAGAAUUUGAGCUCCGCAAUCGACUCGCCAAGUCAGGCCUCCUUCCAAACCUUAUCGAAGCCAUCAUCAAUCAAGGAACCGACACAGCACCCGGAAGAGAAGAGCGAUCUCUACCUAACUAUACCAGGCAUGACAUACUUGAUCCUAACUUCUGGAUCAUCUUCCAACACCUGACAACAGAAGAGUUGCUGCCGAUGUUUGACCACACAUGCGACCGUCGGAUAGAGGCGCAUCUCGAAAGGAAGCGUCAAGAGGGAUCACGCGCUCAAACACAGGAGCGACAAGAGCAGAAUCCGCCGAUGGAUGCUUCUCCGUCCGAACAUGAUGAUAGAGCUUCACGCGAAAAGACGAUGGACAGAAAUCGCGCAGCCACGACGUAUCGAACGCGAGAAGUUUCCCCAAGUCCUAAGCUUACAAGAUUGAAUACCGGUCUUCGUGUGCCACCUUUCCUUGCAUGGCAAACAGAAGAGGACCCAUCAGAGCACAAUACUGAUGAGAGUACCCAUAUACAGCUUACUCUGUUUGCUAUCGAACAGCAGCUGACCAGGACGCGGACGGACGUAGCAAGACUACCAAUCGAUCUCACGCAUCCAUUUGCCCACAAGUAUCAAUUAGGUGUACGCCUCACCAAUAAAGAGUCUUCCCUCGACGCUGUCCUGACAUCACUAGCGGCCUGUUACAGGGCCUGUGCCAGAGUCGUUGGAAACACAACUAAACCCAACGAGCUGACUGUAAUGGACGACACAAAUGGCCUCUCCAAUCCACUUGAAUCAGGUACCGGCAUUACUAACAGUGACAUUGCAGCUGAUGUCAGAACUGAUUCAGAAGCGGAGACCUAUGUCACGACGAGAAGAGUCACCCAAUGGCAAAUGGCUCUGAUGCACAAACACGCACAACGCGUUUUCCAUUCUACUAUGGAGAUCGUAGACCAAUUUGUACCAAAACACUACGAUCAUCAGCUCCUGCGCAGAUGUUGGGGUGCACUGAAGUUUAUCAUUGAGGUAAUGACUCCUUUGAAUGCGCCGAAAGGCUGUUUUGGCUUACUACUUACACGACCUUGGCAGAUCGUUGGCUAUAUGGGCGUCAAGAAUGUUGUAUAUCAAGAGCUGGAGGAGUCAGAGCCAUCGUCGACUUACGCGAUCCGUGAACUUCCUCAUAAAGAAUACUUGAGGCUUCACAAGCUUACUGAUCUAUCCUUUCCUGUUAAUCAGUGUGACUUCUGCAAGCGCGCAAGGUACUACUCGAGCGCGGAAGAAGCUUUCGAACAUCUGCGGCGCGAUCACGUCAGCGAUACGAAUCAGUCAUCACAUCUUUCUCGAGCACAGCUAUCCCACUGGGUUAUGUCAUCUCAGCUAGCUGGUGUUGAGGAGCAAAACGAGCUCAUUGUCGAGUAUCUCAGUGCAAUGGCACUGCGCGUUGAGACGUUGCGAUCCAAAGCAAUUGAUAUCCGCAACAGUGUCGCCAAUGAAAGAAACGAAAAGCCGAGCGAGUAUCUCCUACCGCUAUCGCUUGUAAAAGCAGCAGAGAUGAUUCUGCAGAUGAUCGAUACUUGCGGGUAUAGUGUUGUUGAGUUGCACAAACUCAAUCUGGACGAUACGAUGCCGAUCAUUUCGUGGAAGGAGCUCAAGACUCACAUGGACCUGCUUUCAUACUUUGGCUCAGCAGCCUCUACUACGCUUUCGUCAGCGCGCAAAGAGCUACUGAUCAUGGCGCAUACCGGCAGCCACCGGGGAGCUGUACAAAACUUCCGCAGUACGCCUGAAGUUACUUUGCUCAUAUGCCUCAUCCAUCUCUGGUCAAGAGCGGUAUUGCACGACUUGUCUGUACCUGACUUGUACCGAGAGCAUCUUUCGAAAAUGCAAUACGAAGCUAGCCGUCGGCCCUCCAAGCUUGCCCUCCGAGAGUUGUACCUCUUGGAAGAGGAAUUCGAGAUGGUAGCCUCCAUCUGCGCUCAACAACGCCGCAUGAUCAGGGAUUUCUACGAAAUCAUCGGUCCCUCCACCUAUCGCAUAGCCACUAAAGAAUGUUUCAGAGCCGACAGAGACAUCGUAAUUCCCCUCAUGGACCAAAAUCUCAGCAGCCCUGCCAGCAUGGGAGCAACUUCUAUAGGAGUAAGGGAAACACAGGCAUUGUUCGAUAGGACCAAAGAGGUGCUCCGCCACAACGUUGAAGUCUCAGAAGAAAGCAACUCGAAAGCCAUCAGAGUGUUUACUCUAGUGACAAUCGUGUUUCUCCCUCUUUCUUUCAUCUCUUCCGUGUUCGGCAUGAACACUACAGAUAUAAGAGACAUGAGCAGCUCGCAAGCUCUCUUUUGGGUCAUUGCCAUUCCUGCCACAACGCUGAUUGGAGGACUCUCCUUGAUGAUCGCAUAUCAUGGAACGUACAUGUGGGCUAAGGUACGCGCGAUGGGCGAUGCUAUGUGGGGAUCAGAGAAGAUAUCGCGCGGGCGGCGUGCCUGGAAACGAAAGCCAAAAGACGUGGAAAAAGUAGACGAUGGCGAGAUUGCAGACACACGGCCUCUGGGACCAGGUCAUCUCCGGAGAAGGAAGACAGUCUUGAACGUUGUUGGGUCGAAGAAACCAAGGAAGUUCCGGUAA